GUUUGCCUGCACGUUACUCCGCUCAGCCAAUACACAUCCAGGCGAUAGUGAGGAGAGGAACAGCGGACGCGCUCUGUGCUGUUCUCUGACUGGAAAACUUUUCUCUAAGACUUUGUGACUCAAAGCGUCACAAAUACUCUGGGAAGCAGCAGCCGUCGGCACCUGACAGACUUUCUCUUCUAUGUAUGCCAAGAUGGAAACUACUUUCUAUGAAGACUCACUCAACGCUUUCUCCCAGCACGAAAACACCGGCUACGGAUACAGCGACGCCAAAGCUCUGAAACACAACAUGACGCUGAACCUGUCCGAUCCGUCCGGAACUUUGAAACCUCAUCUGCGGGCCAAGGCGAGCGACAUCCUUACAUCCCCCGACGUGGGCUUACUGAAGUUGGCUUCUCCUGAGCUGGAGCGGCUUAUCAUCCAGUCCAGCAACGGACUCAUCACCACAACGCCGACACCGACCCAGUUCGUGUGUCCUAGAAACGUCACGGAUGAGCAGGAGGGCUUCGCUGAGGGGUUUGUGCGAGCUCUGGCCGAGCUCCACCACCAGCACAUGCCGGCCCAGCCUAAUGUCAGUGUCACCUCCGCCCCGCAGACCACUGUCAACAGUGCGUUGCCGCCUAUCUCCUCUGUCGCGGGAGCCACUGUUUACAACAACAACGGCGCUCUGCGUUCCGAUUCACCUGUUUAUGAGGAUCUUAACGCCUUCAACACAGCAAACACCACAGCCUCGGCUCAAAAUUACACCACCUCAGCCCCAACUAUGUCCUUCACCGCUGCGCCACAACUACCCAUCUACGGUCAGCCCUCCUCUGCCCAGCAUCCGCGGCUCACCACGCUCAAAGAGGAGCCCCAAACUGUGCCCGAAAUGCCGGGGGAGACCCCACCACUCUCCCCGAUUGACAUGGAAAGCCAAGAGCGCAUCAAGGCGGAGAGAAAGAGGAUGCGUAACCGUAUCGCCGCGUCUAAGUGCCGCAAAAGGAAGCUGGAGAGAAUUUCGAGGCUGGAGGAUAAAGUGAAGAACCUCAAGUCCCAGAACUCGGAACUUGCGUCCACCGCCAACAUGCUACGUGAGCAGGUGGCACAACUUAAGCAGAAAGUGAUGAACCACGUCAACAGCGGUUGCCAGCUCAUGUUGACCCAGCAGCUCCAGACUUUCUGAAGAGGCAGAAGCAGCGGUGGAGACGAGAGAGUACAGACUGUGGUUGAAUGAAACGGACUCUUCCUGUAAAGGUGGUCAGCUGCGUCUCCAGAAAUCGUGAGGGGAAUUGAGGAUGAUGCGGCGCCGCAAAGGUUGGACCCGCUAAAGUUUCUGUGUGCGACGCGCAGCCCAGCGGCGCGUCCCGCAAAGAAAGGCGUGGGACAGUCCUACAGUGGCCAUGAACCAGAGGGGGCAUGGCAAUAUGCAGGAUGGCUUUCUGUUUUUGUUUCGUGCUGUUCACAGAACUGGACUGGACUGACCUUUUCUUGAUUUACACCCAGCUCUGCACGGACCUUCUCAUGGCUACCAAAUGAGAAUAUUCAGUAUUAAACGAUGUGAAAACCUGAGAUAGCCACAACGGCCUGACAACAUGGGCGGGUUGGCCAUUUCUUUCGGGCUGGAAAGUUGUAACCAAAGCCGCCUGACUUUGACUUUCAGUACCAAGUACUUUUCUUUUCUUUAUUGUGAGAAAAUAAGUUGGAAAAGCAUCAAGAUUUACUUGUUUUUCUAACGUAAUGGGGUUUCACUCAUUGUUAUAUGUACAUAAGAUCAACUUUGAGUACUUAUGUUUACCAUUUGUAACAAUACUGUAAGAUUUUUUUAUGUUGUGUAUUCUGAGCACUUCAGAAACUAAUAUUAUAUUUAAAAAUAUUAAAGCAUAUAAAACCAA